AUGGCCUCCUUGAAGCGCAGAAAGAUGGGAGGUGUAGAAGUACCAGAGUUCGGGGAGCCAAUCACAAACCUGACAGUCCCCAUCGGCAGAGACGCGACGUUCAAGUGUAUUGUCGUCAAUUUGGGCAAUUACCGAGUGGGUUGGGUGAAAGCCGAUACAAAAGCGAUACAGGCAAUACAUGAGCACGUCAUUACACACAAUCAUCGGGUGUCCGUCUCCCACUCUGACCAUUCCACCUGGUACCUGCACAUCAAGAACGUACAAGAAGAAGACCGGGGUCAGUACAUGUGCCAGAUAAACACGGAUCCAAUGAAGAGUCAGAUGGGCUACUUAGAUGUGGUGAUACCUCCGGAUUUCAUACCAGAAGAGACAUCAGGUGACACAAUGGUCCCGGAAGGUGGAAUAGCUAGGGUGUCUUGUAAGGCACGGGGAAUCCCACCACCCAGGGUCAUGUGGAAACGAGAAGAUGGACAGGAUAUUGUUGUGAGGGACAGUAUCGGAGCAAAAACUAAAGUACAUACCUACCAAGGCGAGGUGUUGAAUUUGACCAAGAUAUCACGUUCCGAAAUGGGGACAUAUUUAUGUAUUGCCGGUAAUGGAGUACCGCCCACCGUCAGUAAGAGGAUCCACAUUAGUGUUCACUUUCACCCAGUGAUCCAAGUACCGAACCAGCUGGUGGGAGCGCCUCUCGGCACCGACGUCACCCUGGAGUGUUACGUCGAAUCCUCGCCCAAGUCCAUCAACUACUGGGUCAAAGAUCCAGGUGAAUUGAUUAUACCAUCUGAUCACCACGAGAUGACUGUCAGGCAGAAAUCCAUGUUCGAGGCUGAAAUGUCCAUGACCAUCAAGAAUAUUAGAAGGGAGGAUCUGGGCAGCUAUAUUUGUGUGGCUAAGAACUCCCUCGGUGACGUUGAAAGCAAGAUAAGGUUGUAUGAAAUCCCCGGCAACAACAGGCACAUUUUUAACUAUCCCGACGAGAGGACAACUUCAGACGACGAGUACGGCACUGAAAUAUACGACGAGGAUUUUGAGAAUAAAGUCGAUGAGAAAAGCAAUCGGGUGCCCGAUCGCGCAAAUAAAUGGUACGCAAACGAAGGUAAAAUCAUCCUGACAACACUCAACAACGCAGCCAUUUGUUCCACUACACUGACAAUUACGACUAUCUUCUUACGCUUAAUUAAAUUUCUCCUUUAA